CUGAGUUGGGGGGAGGAAAAAAAAAAGAGAUGCCCUGCAACAGAGAGAUGGAUUGGUUUGCAGACCGAAAGGGGUCUCCCACUUGUUAAAGACCCAGAAACAUUCCUGUCGACUUGGCUGCGCCUCCUCUCCUUCCUUUCCUGCAUUUAUUUGUCUCUUUCUCGCUUCUGGCUCAUCACACUACCUGGAGCAGAGGAUAUGCUGGGCUUCUGAUGAUGGCUGCACUGUAUGGUACAGCGUGCAGGGUCAAGGACAGCCGGCCCCCCAUGUCAGUGGUCUAGGAUGGCCAGUGAAGCUACCAACAUCCCAAGUCCUGUGGUGCGCCAGAUCGACAAGCAGUUCCUGAUCUGCAGUAUAUGCCUGGAACGGUACAAGAACCCCAAGGUUCUUCCCUGCCUGCACACUUUCUGCGAGAGGUGCCUACAGAACUACAUCCCCGCCCACAGCCUGACCCUAUCGUGCCCCGUGUGCCGCCAGACCUCCAUCCUGCCCGAGAAGGGGGUGGCCGCGCUGCAGAACAACUUCUUCAUCACGAACCUCAUGGACGUGCUGCAGCGAACUCCAGGCAGCAACGUCGAGGAGUCGUCCAUCCUGGAGACGGUCACUGCUGUGGCUGCAGGGAAACCCUUGUCUUGCCCCAACCAUGAUGGCAACGUGAUGGACUUUUACUGCCAGUCUUGCGAGACUGCCAUGUGUCGGGAGUGCACCGAGGGGGAGCAUGCAGAGCACCCCACAGUGCCUCUCAAGGACGUGGUGGAGCAGCACAAAGCCUCCCUCCAGGUGCAGCUGGACUCUGUCAACAAAAGGCUCCCUGAAAUAGAUUCUGCUCUGCAGUUCAUCUCAGAGAUCAUUCAUCAGUUAACCAACCAGAAGGCCAGCAUAGUGGAUGACAUCCAUUCCACCUUCGAUGAGCUACAGAAGACGUUGAAUGUGCGCAAGAGUGUACUGCUAAUGGAGCUAGAGGUCAACUAUGGCCUCAAACACAAAGUCCUGCAGUCGCAGCUGGACACGCUGCUUGAGGGCCAGGAGAGCAUUAAGAGCUGCAGCAACUUCACCGCACAGGCGCUCAACCAUGGCACGGAGACGGAGGUGCUGCUAGUGAAGAAGCAGAUGAGCGAGAAGCUCAACGAACUGGCUGACCAGGACUUCCCUCUGCACCCACGGGAGAACGACCAGCUGGACUUCAUCGUGGAGACGGAAGGGCUCAAGAAGUCCAUCCACAACCUGGGCACCAUUCUCACCACCAACGCCGUGGCCUCCGAGACGGUGGCCACGGGCGAGGGGCUGCGGCAGACCAUCAUCGGGCAGCCCAUGUCAGUGACCAUCACCACCAAGGACAAGGACGGUGAGCUCUGCAAGAGUGGCAACGCCUACAUCACGGCCGAGCUGAGCACGCCUGACGGCAGUGUGGCCGACGGUGAGAUCCUGGACAACAAGAACGGCACCUACGAGUUUCUCUACACUGUGCAGAAGGAAGGUGACUUCACGCUGUCGCUGAGACUCUAUGACCAGCACAUCCGCGGCAGCCCCUUCAAGCUGAAGGUCAUCCGCUCCGCCGACGUGUCCCCCACCACUGAGGGUGUCAAGAGGCGCGUUAAGUCCCCCGGGAGCGGCCACGUGAAGCAGAAAGCCGUCAAAAGACCCGCCAGCAUGUACAGCACCGGCAAGCGAAAAGAGAAUCCCAUCGAGGACGACCUCAUCUUCCGAGUAGGUACCAAAGGCAGAAAUAAAGGAGAAUUUACAAAUCUUCAAGGAGUAGCUGCCUCUACUAGUGGGAAGAUAUUAAUUGCAGACAGUAACAAUCAGUGUGUGCAGAUCUUUUCCAACGAUGGACAGUUCAAAAGCCGUUUUGGCAUUCGAGGACGGUCCCCUGGGCAGCUGCAGCGGCCCACUGGUGUGGCUGUUCACCCCAGCGGAGACAUCAUCAUUGCAGAUUAUGAUAAUAAGUGGGUUAGCAUCUUCUCUUCAGAUGGCAAGUUUAAGACAAAAAUUGGAUCUGGAAAACUGAUGGGUCCCAAAGGAGUGUCUGUGGACCGCAACGGGCACAUUAUUGUGGUGGAUAAUAAGGCGUGCUGCGUGUUUAUCUUCCAACCCAAUGGGAAGAUAGUCACCAGGUUUGGUAGCCGAGGAAAUGGGGACAGGCAGUUUGCAGGUACACUUGAUGGUCCCCAUUUUGCAGCUGUAAAUAGCAAUAAUGAGAUUAUUAUUACAGAUUUCCAUAAUCAUUCUGUCAAGGUAUUUAACCAGGAAGGAGAAUUCAUGUUGAAGUUUGGCUCAAAUGGAGAAGGGAAUGGACAGUUCAACGCACCCACUGGGGUUGCUGUGGACUCAAAUGGAAACAUCAUUGUAGCUGACUGGGGGAACAGCAGGAUCCAGGUCUUUGAUGGAAGCGGAUCAUUCCUGUCCUACAUCAACACGUCGGCUGAUCCACUUUAUGGCCCCCAAGGCCUUGCUUUGACUUCAGAUGGCCAUGUGGUCGUGGCUGACUCUGGAAAUCACUGUUUCAAGGUUUACCGGUACUUACAGUAAAUUGGGAACCAGGCAACUUUUGGCACAGGUCUUGCACUAUAACUGGAAUGGAUUUCUCCACGCGGGACCAGAUGAUACUAGACUUUCCAUGCUAGAAGGAAAUAUCAGUAAACUUUCCAAGAUUAUUUCUGAAUGUAACAUCUUCCAAAAUGGAGUAUCUCAAUAUCCUAAAGGUUAUAUACCUUUAGAGUUUAAAGCAAAAAAUAAAAUCCUUCUGCUGAUUCUAUGGAAACCACUGUUGUACCCCUGUGAACUAUGGCUGGUACAGGGUUUUAUGUAGUUUAAUUAAUUUUGCAAAUUGAGCAGGCAUUAAAGAAAAAACAAACAGAAUAUUUCAAGGUAUUUGUUCAUCCUGUGAACAAUAGCUUUUGCGCAGAGCUUCCAGAAGAUAAAACGAAAACAAUAUCUCUUCUAGUUCUGUACUUGAUUGAUCUGCAUCACAAGACCCAUGGGAUGGUCUAGCCUCACUUUUCUAGUAGGUAUUAUUCUCGUGACAUUUUUUGGUUAUCAGUAACUACUCUAAAUGACUUUAGGGGAAAAACAGACUGGCAAAAUCCUCCCAGCUCUGAUUAACAGGCCUUUUGAGUUUCACCCUUAAGAAUCAAUGCAAAAAUUUCCAUCCUUUCUGGAUUAGAGCAUAAAUCGUUUUUGUCAGUUCUUUGUACCUUCUUUUUCCUGUUCACCUGCUAUCCGCUUUCCAAAAAAGGGAAAACGUACAUAUUCAGGGAAACCUGAAAUUCUUAAAGCUUUGAAAAGCAUAUUGCAAUCCUAACUUACCUUUUGGUCCACAAACAGCACCAUUGGCUCUGAAUGUAAUCCAGAAAAAAACUAGUCAUGUUUUCUGUGCUAUGUUCUCAUCUGUGUCUCUCUUCUUCCACUUCAUGAAAGCGAAAGCUUUACCUCCUGUAAAAUGUCAGCACAUGGAUUAGGACACCGAAUCGUAGGACAGAGCCAGAUGGCACUCUUUGGAGGACGGAUUGGUGUCAACCAAAGGCUUGUGAUUAAUGGUUUCCCCUUAAAAAACAAAUGUUACCAAAGUUGUGUUAACUCGAAAAUGUUACAGAUAAGGGCAUGUUAUGGUUAUUUAUCAUUGUUUAAUGAAUAAUAGAGGCAUUAGAGGAUUAUGCAUACAUGAUUAGGGUAAGGUAGGAUGUAUUAUAUAUAUAAACAGAUAUAUAUAGCUGAACCUUUGGUGUAUUGAACUAGGCAGCACUCUGAAAGACAGAAGCAUGGUCCAGCCUUUCUCAGCACAGACUUUACUGUGUGGUAAAGCUGUCCCAAUACAAGCCCGAAAACAAAUUUUACGGUCGCCACUUUCCAGAAAUAAUGGCCACAGUUGACUUUUACUCAGAAAACAGCCUUCUUUGCUUCCAAAAUAUUCACAACAAAAAAACCAAAACAGGCCAAAAGAAAAGGCUGAACUCAAGUUACACUUUAUCUGCGCUAAAUAGAAAUGCAUUUAGCCAAUGUCAUUGAUACUGUAUAAUAAAAUGUGGUUUAAUUCCACUUUAAUUUUCUACUCA